CGCAAUCGUUGACAACUUCACAGUAUUUUGGUAGACACGCCGGCAUCUGUGGGAACUCCCAGGAAAUCCAGAAUGCACUUCAAGGAUCUCUUCCUAGUGGCCCUGGUGGCUUUGUGGGCAGUGUCCCGAGUGGCGGAGGCGUGCAAAGGUUGUGUGGAAUUGGACGAAAUCACCUUCGAUAAGUUAAUCCGCCGCUUUCCGGUGACCGUGGUGAAGUUCGACGUGGCCUAUCCGUACGGAAACAACCACGAAGCGUUCUCCAGCUUCGCCCUGGACGUUGCAGACGUGGAUGAUUUGCUGGUGGGUCUGGUGGGCAUCAAGGACUAUGGGGAGAAGGACAAUGCAGAACUGGGGAAACUCUAUAAGGCGACUGAGAAGGAUUUGCCGGUGAUUAAGCUGAUUAAGCGGGAUGAUCCCAGGAAGUGGAUUGACUACAAACCAUCCGCCCUGACGGUGUCUGCCGAGGAUCUGAAGGCGUUCGUGCGAGACAACUCUGAUCUCUAUAUUGGCCUCGCCGGGUGUCUGCAGGAGUUCGAUCAACUGGCGGGAAGAUUCAUGGACGCUCUCGCUGUGGACGAGAAGAGCGCCCAGGAGGUGCUGCAGGAUGCCCAGGAGGAGGAGAAGAAGUUCAACGGCGAGGAGAAUUCCGGGCGAAUGUACAUCGCCAUCAUGCAGAGGAUCCUGGAGAAGGGAGCGGAGUUCAUAGCGUCCGAGAGGGAGCGAGUGAAGAGUCUGCAGGGAAAGAAAGUCUCAGCCGGCAAGAAGGUCCUCCUGGAGCAUCGAAUGAACAUCCUGGCGGCCUUCAAGGCCACCGCCAGCGCUUCCUCAGACAAGUCUGAAUUGUAGAACUGAGAAAGCUCCUGAGAUUCCGUAAGUUUAGUCACAAAAAUAUCAUUAAUUCCUGUCCAGU